AUGUCUCAAGGUGACGGUGAUCAAAGAAAGUUUGUUGGUCUUUUACCAGACCUUCUAGCCAAAAUAGGUCCAAUGAUGAAUGCCACCUUCUCCAUGACGCACGUGCAAGAUAGCAGAUAUGGAAAGUUAGACAACACCGGAAAUUGGACCGGGAUGAUAGGAGAGCUUGUAAAUAAUCAAUCUGAUAUAGCAGCAGCGGCCUUGACCGUUACAGUCCAACGAGCAAAUGCAGUACAUUUUUCGCAGCCAAUACUAGACUCUGGACUAUCUAUUGUUAUGAAAAAACCUACUGCUGAUGGUACAUCCUGGAAGAGAUGGAAGGGUUUACUAAGCUUUCUCAAACCUUUCAAGACUGGAGUAUGGAUUGCUGUUAUUUGUUCCUAUGCCAUUGUUUCCUUGCUUUACGGAAUUAUUCUACAGUUUGAUCCAAUGGAAGAGGAUGGCGCUGACAGCAUUAAGAAGAACAUUACUCGUGGAUUUCCCGUCGUGUUUUACAGAUUUUGUUUUCAAGGCAGUUUUAGUCCAUCAACUUGUACAUCUCGUUCUGCAAAGAUGCUGACAUGUUUUUGGUGUAUAUUUGUUAUCCUGAUCUUUGCCUCAUACAUAACUUCCCUUGCUGUCGUCUUCCGUAGUGGAGACGAUGAACUCCUAGAAACACCAAUUCAUUCGUUCGAAGAUUUGCCCAUCCAAUCAGAAGUCGAAUAUGGAGUUCCUUAUAACAGCAUGACAUAUCGAUAUUUCACAUUAAAUGCCAAAGACAAGACAGACGAAGCGAUUGGAAAACAAUUGAAGAAAUCUAAAGAUCAGAUGCCAAAGACUGUAGCUGAGGGAGUGAAACGGGUUCGUGAUAGUAAAGGUGACUAUGUUUUUAUCACGGAGGAACUUUAUGCACGUACAGAGUCUGGAAAACCUCCUUGUGACCUGGUACUCGUACACCAUUCAAAAUAUCGUGGGUCUUACUCCUUUGCGUGUGGAUUGGAAUCAAAAGCGUGUCAUGAUUUAGAUGUUGCUUUGGUAUCACUGAAAGAAAAUGGUAUUCUUGAAGAGCUGAUUGAUAAAUGGUACAAAUAUCAAUGUGACACCGAUUUUGAUGACGAUUACAUCAAGUACGUCACUUCCUUUGAGGACAAGAAGUUCCAGGCAGGACUUUUUUUUAGGACUGAUGGGAUAUCUAUCGAUAAAAUCGGGAGUCUAUUUAUAUUGCUUUUACUUGGUAUCGUGAUUAGCAUUGGGCUUCUGAUUUUCGACAUCUGCUUUGAAAAGAGGUUUGAGAAAAAGAUGAGGGGCACGGCAAGAGAUGAUCAACCAUUCGAGAGCAUAACAAAUGAUAUGCAGUGAUAGUGUGAAUGUUGUUUUCCAUCGUGACUUAUAUAAUUGUUUUGUUUUGAGAAACAAGUGUCCCAAAAGAACUUUAUAUCAGACGUUUCCCAUGAAGAAAUAUCCCUAAAUGUGAGUGCAAUAGGCAUAAACUGUCAAGAUUCCCGUUUGACGUGCUUCGUGAUAUUUACGCUGAACAAUAUACGAAUAUUCAAUAUAUAAAUAGCAUAUUCAAAUGCUUAAUAGUACAAUGUAGUAUGUUAGAAUUGAUAACAGAUUAGUGCUGUGAAUGAUCCAUAAUGCUUUAGAAUAUGUUUCCGAUCAGAUUUAUCAUAACUCAAGAUUCAAUGAGCAUUUAAAAAUAUGUUAUCGAUAUGAUAUUUCAAAUGUACGGUCGAUAAUGUCCUAAUUUUUAAAUCUUUUUUGGUCCCUUUUUAAGCUUUUCGUUACGAAGAUGGUCAUUUUUUUAAAAACUAUAAUGGAAAGAUGACCAACUCUGAUUGUAUUACAAUAACUCAAACUGUCUUAAGUCGCAACUUUCUAUAAAUAAUUUAAAUUUGGAUGUAACGCGUUUUCUGAUUGGUUAACUUCGUUUUGUUUAUCAUAUCAUAAACAUAAUUUGGUCAUGUGACCAUGACGUCAUCAACAUAUUCAUGAUUUUGGCUGGUUUAAGAUUGAAAUUUAUAAUAAGAUUAUAAGAAAUAAAUAUAACAUUGUUUCUGUCUAUUCGAAAUAACAUAACAAAUGUGGUGCACACUGUUGAAUAAUAAGUUCUAUUCUGUAAUCAAAUUGUUACAAUAUAUUAAAAAAUAUAACUUGCAUGUUUUACUAUAUUAUUUCUUUUCUCACUUUUGUCUUACUUUGGAGAGACUAGGUUUUAAUGAGCUGUUUUGCAUUUUUGAAAUGUUAAUCGAACUAAGUAGCAAGAAAGAAAAAUGAUGAUUGUUAUUGUUUUGAAUGUGUAGGAGAUGUUUUCUUGUGUAUCGUAUGGGAAGUUAGUGAAAUUCUUCAGCGGUGUAGUUUAGAAACUGACCACAACAUAGUUACAUGUAUAUACUGUAUUUCAGAAAAAUAUAAUUUUAAUAAAAGAUUUAACGAA